GGCCAGCCGGGAAAAAAGUAAACAGAUCGAAAUCACUCUGCUCCAUAGUUUAUUUUAGUUCCAACAUAUAAAGUGUAUUAAAACUCUUAAGGAAUGGCAACGCGUCAGCUUCUCCAACGUACUAUGCGCCUCGCGACAUCACACCAGCGGUUCUACAGUAGAACCAUCGCGCAAUGCAAUCGACUUUACGAGCCGGACUACCUAGAGUUGCUGAAACCCAAAUAUCCGUUGUACGGGACGCUAAAUUUUACCAUCAAAGGAUAUGAUUACCCCAUUCUCGAGAGCUUUCAAAGACUGAUGCACAACGUGGCCGAUUCGAUGGAUCUGGAAAUAGGCGAUGCGUACGCUCAUCCACCGCAAAAGCUGACCGUUCAAAAAUUUAAGCCCAGCUCCAGCGUCGUCGACAGCGAGUACCAGCUAACCGUCUACGAGCGUACGGUGCAGAUUGAUAACGUUCAAGCGCCGUUGUACCCGAUUUUCUUACGGACACUGCAAGCCGCCCUGCCGGAGGGUGUCACGCUGAGCGUGACGGAGCACACCUCGGACCAUGAAGAGGCACGCUACGUGCCCGAUCGUGACUUGAAAGACCUGAAGCAGCAGCUGGACGAGAUGGGUGGUCCUUCGAAAACGAAGAAAUGA